AUGUCACGGCGACUGAUUGUUGAGUGCUUAGGCAGUCUGUCCGCAAUCAAUCGCCUGAGCAUAUUUGGAGAUCUUUUGAUCGGAUAUCUGGAUGUCAUUUUCCCAAGUCUGGUGGCAGUCGGGCGUCACAUCGGUUUAACAGGUCCGUUGCGCGUCUUGAAUACGGCUAAUCAAGGUCGACUCCCUGCAAAGGUCAUCGAGCGAGAUGGCUUUGCCAUCCCUGGACUUGCUAUUCGACCGGAAUCCCCUACGAAUGAGCAUCAAGGAUUUAUUGAUAUCAUGGGGUAUUUGAGAUUCUUACCGCAUACCCAAGGUGUUGAGAAAGGCAGACAUACGAAAACACGCAAAGGCUUCAGGGCUUACAUGCGAUGUGUUCACUGCACCCUUACCAAGCGUAAUGGCUUCGAAAGCGUCUUCCAUUUCCACCCCAACUCGACUCCGACGUCUGGACAGACGCAUCCCGACGCUUGUAAGGCGUCGAAGCAUGAAGCUGUGUGCAUUCUCGUCCCGGACCCUCCUCCCUUGACGCAAAUUGGCCAUGGAGUGAAAAGAAUAAGGAGCCAUGUACGAGACCACCCUCCUGGGAACGGUCACCACAUACCCGAACUUGCGCAAGUCGCUGCAGACGGGUAUCCUCAGUCCACGACCGCUACAACUACCGAGCCAGGGGCUACCUGUGGUGCUUGGAGCUCUUUGAGGACACUUUGGGCUAAUUUGAGUUUGCCAGAGGUUGCUCAAACAUUGCCUUCGUCUCCGAAUCUAGGACCGCAUCCUUUUGCCACCGAAUGCCCCGCCGAGACGAACCAUAGAUUGCACCGCCGCAAGCGUCAUGCCGUGACCGAAGUGGGCUCCUUCGGUCUAGCCCAAGUUGAUUUCAUGGGCCUGGUGAAGACCCAUGAGUCUCCGGCCGCUGCGUCUCUUGCUUGUCUCGAAACCUCACCCGCAUUUGCCUGUCCCACAAGCAUGUCACUACACGCCUCACAUCUUGGCCCGCUUUCAGUUCGAACUUUAGGCUUGACACAUUCAUCGGAUGAUGAUCUGCUUGUCUCAUGGGAGGCCGUGGCCUGCUGUCAGGGAACUGCUAGUCUCACCAAGAAUGGUCUAGGGUGUAACACGGCGCCGAUGUGUCUCCGAUUAUGGCAGACGUCUUGUGUGGACAUGCUGGGGUUUGAAUGGCUUUCUGGGAUGGCACAGGGGCUGGGCGUCAGUUCGCCCAUUGUUGUCCAUGGUGGAUUGGGGUGA